AUUGGCGCGAGAGAAGGUGGGACUUUCAGUUGCAUUGGUUUAACGGCGUGAGCGGAGAUGGUCUUCCGACACGAGAGGGAUCCGUUUUACAACCUUUUUCGGCUGCUUUUGUCCAACAUAUCGCCUACAAAAACAUAUUCUUCCCCCAUGUCGGUAUUAUUGUCGUUUCCUUAAUCUUCCCACUCCGGUGAGGCACUAAACGGCCGUUAACAACAAACAGGAAACAAGGGACCGGAAAUUGCUUUGCGAUAAACGGGCGUUCCGCUAUUAUUCAUGAUCCUCUCCCUGCUUGCGACGUACUGCAGCAGUUCUCGUCCGCGUCCCACCUGACGGUCCACACAGCAGCUUCCACCGCUCAAGGGGCGUGCAGGCCGGCUUCCUCAGCAUCACAACACACGGUCGCGGAGGAAUGGGGGCCACCUAGCUCGUUAGGCACCAUUCUCACAGAGGAAAGCUCACCUCCAACUCCAACAUGGUGUCGUGGAUCAUCUCGAGGAUCGUAGUCCUCGCCUUUGGGACUCUCUACCCUGCCUACUCCUCCUACAAGGCUGUCAAAACUAAGAAUGUAAAAGAAUAUGUGAAGUGGAUGAUGUACUGGAUAGUGUUUGCGCUCUUCUCGACGGCGGAGACAGUGACUGACCUGGUGCUGUCCUGGUUCCCGUUUUAUUUUGAGCUGAAGAUUGCCUUUGUCAUCUGGCUCCUGUCCCCCUACACCAAAGGCUCCAGUGUCCUCUACCGCAAGUUCGUCCACCCCACCCUGUCCAACAAGGAGAAGGAGAUAGACGAGUACAUCACCCAGGCCAAAGACAAGAGCUACGAGACCAUGAUGCGCUUCGGCAAGAGGGGGCUCAACAUCGCGGCGACCGCAGCCGUCACUGCGGCAACCAAGGGCCAGGGGGUUCUCUCUGACAAGCUGCGGAGCUUCAGCAUGCAGGACCUGACCAUGAUCAACGCGGACGACGACCUGGGGCUGCGAUCCACGGAGGCCCGCCCCCGACGGGACCCCCUGGAGGACGGGGGUUCAGGGGCCAGCACGCUGCCACGCACCCGCACCGCCAGCACCCGGCGGGAGACCCGCUCCCUGUCCAUGGUCGUCCCCGACGACGCCUGCUCGCAGCACGGCUCAGACCAGUCGGACACGCGGACGGAGCAGUCGGACGAGGACCCCACGGAGAAGCCCCCCAAGCGCGCCGCCGCCGCCACCACCGCCGCCAAGGUCGUCAAGAAGCCCGCCGCCAGCAAGACGGAGACUCAGACCAAGGUGGUGAAGAAGACGACCAAGAAGAAGGUCGUGGCCGCUAGCGCCGAGACGCCCUGAUUGGACCGACGCGGCACUCAGCCCCCCCCCACAGUACCGCCUCACGGGCCCCCCCCCCCCCCAACACCACCCACACACACACGCCAACACACUCCCACACGCACCCACCUCCCACACACACUCGCAGGGGGUCAAAAGAAUGCAUUUAAGUUCUGAUGUCGGAAACGCGUUUUAUUAACGACGGAACCCCCCCUCCCUCCCCCCCUCCCCCCCUCCCUCCCUCCCUCCCUCCCUCCCUCCGCCGCUACCCAACGUCCACGCGGACACGGACGUGCAGAACACGCGUCUUCCCAAGAUUACAAAACUCGUCGGGGGUGGGGGUAGGGGAAAGGUCUAGGGUCAAAGGUCAGAUGUGGAUCAAGGGUUGGGCUGGGGCAUAGCUAACAUCCCAUAAACUCACCCGCUCCUUCCACGGCUGCUUACGUCAGGCCGCUCAUCGUCUCCCUGACUAAAUGUUGUGUGUUUUGUUUAAUCAGACCUCUAAUAAUGGCCGUGGUGUUCAUUCAGACCUUGUGGUUCGCUUCGUGUCGGCCCCCGGCCCCUGGCCCCCCACAGCCCAGCUCCUGUCGUGGUCCGGCGGUCGGGCUCGAGGUGUCUGCAGGCUUAAUCCUGACGUCACUCGCACGGAGCCGUGAGCACAUUAGGAUAGGGAUAGCGGCACGCUCGAACUUAAGUAGGACAAGGUUGUGCUUAGCUCCCCCCCCCCCCCACACUCUCUCUCUCCAUGUCUUCCCUGAGCUCACCCCCCCCCCCCCCACACACACACUUGUACCUGAUGGAGUCCGUCUAACACAUGUUAGUUCGGGGGUAUUCAGCAUCCUACCGCGCCACCGUCCCUCCUCGGUUCGGAUAACUGUAACACUGCUACUUUCUUACUCUACUUGCAUUUACCAAAACGUUAAUGUGUAGCGCACUCUUAACUUGUGUUGACGCUAAGCUGAGUCGUCUGCUAAUCGCAUCACCGUAUACCAUGAGGACAUGUGAAGCCUUUUAUUUAAUCUAUUUAUUUGUUUACUUGUUGUCGUCUCAGCCUCUCGGCUCCGCCUCUCUCUCACCCGACGCGACGCCCUCGCUGACUGACCUCUGACCCCUGUAGGCCGUACCGUCGUGAACACGCCUCAAACGGCGCCGGCUGGCUGAUGGACCAUCCGUCGUUCUCCCUGCGGCCCCAAAGUGUGCUCAAACUGCCAGUGUGUCGUCGUGAGACAUCAGACGGGGUCAUGUCCUCGACGGAGGGCGUCUGCGUAGCCUGUGGUCCGAUCUGGAGGAACACGGUCCGGUAGUGAGGCAUUCUGUGGUCUGACCUGGGGGUACACGGUCCGGUAGUGAGGCGUUCUGUGGUCCGGUAGUGAGGCGGUCUGUGGUCCGGUAGUGAGGUGGUCUGUGGUCCGGUAGUAAGGUGGUCUGUGGUCCGGUAGUGAGGUGGUCUGUGGUCCGGUAGUGAGGUGGUCUGUGGUCCGGUAGUGAGGUGGUCUGUGGUCCGGUAGUGAGGCGUUCUGUGGUCUGGUAGUGAGGCGUUCAGGUACGAGGAUGCAUUGAGCAGAGCAGUAACGCUGUUGUAACAUCGGGGGUCGUCUUGGGACUGUCUGGUCAGGGCUCCAGGAGUCGGUCUCUGUAGCAGCACCGUGCCAGCCUAGAGAAGGUGUUGAUGGGCUGUGUGGGAUUGGCCCCGACUCUGACCAAUGUCUCCAUUCCCCAGGAUCAGAGGUAGUUCCAAAUUAAAUAUUAAAAUAUUGUCUCGGUGUCUGUUCAGGACUGGUUUUGCGAUGGGCAUGGUUCUUUUAGGACUGGGAGUCAUUUAAAGCAUGUUGUGAUUAUUAUUAUUAUAAUAUAUAUAUUUUUCUUUCGGUGACUAUUUUAAACCACAAGAGGGAGACAACCCAUAUCAUUUCAGGGUAAAUGAUUUUACAGUCUGUAAAUAGUAACUAACUGUACAAAUGAGCUUGCUGGCCUUAUUCUCUCCUUUCUCUUUACUUUAUUUUUUUUUUAAAACCCGUUCAUCUCAGUUCAGAAUCUUUUUGUCGAUCUGAAACUCGACAAACCGCGUUCUGACGCCUUUACGAGGUCUUUAUCGGCGUUGUGAACAGGAACCACCGCGGCCAGAACUUCUGUUGCCGUGCUGUGUUGCCGUCCGCUCCAACUGCAUCUGUUUUACCCCCCCCCCUCCCCCCCCCCCCGCGCCACACGGUCUAUGCUGGUGAUUUACUUUUUAAACGAGGCAAAGGGAGGACUUUCUGUUUUUAAUUAGCUGAAGUUUGCACCGAGGCAGGAGAACGCUGCGACACCUCAACACCUCCGCUCCGUGGCGGAGCGUCGCUCGUUACGUUGACUUUGGUUUAUCUUCUGUGAGCCUUUUUAAACAUGUGUUGCUGAUUUGAGUUUAUUUAAUUUAAAUGCAUUGGGGACCGUGUUGUGCACGGGACUUUGACAGAGAGAGGAUAUUCAACUUAUUAAAGUGUAUUGUUUGUGCCAAUGCUAAUAAAGUACACUCGUGCGCUGGGAUAACGGUAGCUAACGCUGUAAUUUACAGUUAACGAAUCUCUACUAAUAAAGGAAAGGAGAACUGUAA